AUGGCUUCUUCCACCUCCACGUCCCCACUCCAUAUAUCUGAACUGGACAAGGCAAACGCCACAAUCACUCGUCUCAAAGAGGACAUUUGCAGAUUGUCUGCUGAACUGAAAGCCAAAUCAGAUCUACUCACCGCUUGUAUGGGUGUCGCCUUCAAGCAGACCCGCCACCUUGCCUCUCUCCAGGCUUCCCUCCACGAUACGUUACCCUGGGACCCCGACAGCCCCCGGCCUUCAUCCACCUCAACUCCUGCACGUCCAACGUGGUCCGAGGUAGCAAUCCGUGGCAAUAACGAUAAGAAAAAUGCCCGUGGUGUUUCCCCGCCCCGACCGGCCUUUCCCAGCAGCUCCACGACCCUUCUCCAGCUGUCCAUACCCCGGCCCGCAAACACAGUCCAGGCCGCCAUCAACGCAGCUGACAGCCCAGUCCAGACGCCAACCGGCAGCAAGGCGACCUCCUCCUCCAACCUGCCAGCCGUCGGGACCACCGCAGCUCCUUCCCAGGCUACCGGAGGAUCUCCCGGAACCAUGGGCAGCCCUGCGGCCGAAGCCUUGGCCUCAUCUAAUGCAGUUGACCGCCCGGCCUCGGGACCAGGGCUGGCCAACUCCCGGAUGCCGCUGGACGCCCGUGUGAAGAAAACCUCCGCGCUGUCGUACGGUGGCCCCCGGGCGCAGCCCAGCAAGGGAGAGAUCCCCACGUUGGCGCCUGGCAGCACACGGAGCCUCACCAGUGAGCCCGAGGUCCAACAAAACAUAACCCGGACAUCAUGCGCAGCGUCCCGACGCAAAUUGUUGCGGGAAGCGGUCCGUCGCCGCUCCGUCGGAUCCGUCCCCAGAGCUGCGUCCCAAAAUGACAGCAUCCCGCAGCGCGAGCUGGAGCCGCGUCUACGUUGUGCCACCUCCACAUCUCCUGGAAGCGGCACUGCACCGCCGAUUGCCCCUCUCUUCGCCCCCACGACAGUCAUCAUCGGAGACUCCAUCACCAGAGGUAUUCGUUUCUUUAAUGUCACCACACUAUCCUUCCCCGGUGCCACAGCUGCCGAUAUCGCUAAUAAGAUCCCCUCUCUCCUCCGCUCUCUUCCCUCCUCCAUUCGCCGCAUUAUUGUGCACAUCGGCUGUAACGACACAGCGCGUCGGCAGUCUGAACAGACAAAAUGUGACUUUAAAAGGCUUCUUAACUCCCUAAAAGACUGUGGCAAGUCGGUUUUUAUUAGUGGGCUGCUCCCGACGAUGACGCAGAACUGCGAGCGUUUUAGCAGACUCCUUAGCCUAAACAGCUGGACCAACAUGCUUUGCAACGCCCAAAAUGUUCAUUUUAUUGACAAUUUUAACAGUUUCUGGAACCGGCCUGAUUAUUUUAACAGUGAUGGCAUCCACCUGAACAGGUCUGGCAGAUCCAUCUUAGUUUCCAACAUCCAGUACAGUGUCCACACAAGCGCGCAGAUCGACUGA